GGUGUUUAUAAAAAAAGCGUUCUUUUCAGGAGAUCGAAGGAAGCGAAGAUUGCAGCAUCAAUUUGCGAAGCGAAGAUUGCAGCAUCAAUUCGCGAUAUUCGGACCCCAUCAACAUAACUAAUCAUGAAAUUAGUCAGGUUUUUGAUGAAACUCAGCCAUGAAACGGUGACCAUCGAGCUGAAAAAUGGUACACAAGUGCACGGUACCAUCACGGGAGUGGAUGUAGCGAUGAACACACACUUGAAGGCGGUGAAAAUGACUAUCAAGAACCGGGAACCGGUUACGCUGGACUCGUUGAGCAUUCGCGGCAACAACAUUCGGUACUACAUUCUGCCGGAUAGUUUGCCCCUGGAAACGCUCCUGAUUGACGAUGCGCCCAAGACGCGAGCGAAGAAACGGGAAGCGAAUCGUGGUGGACCGCGCGGACGAGGCAGAGGAACCAGGGGUGGUCGCGGUGGGCCCCGAGGCGGUCGUGGCGGCGGUCGCGGUCGUGGAAGACGCUAGAGAGAGAGAUGAGAACCGUCGAUAUCUCCGCCUCCCCCUGCACCGUCACUAGCAUUUAAGCACUUCUUUCAUCUUACAUUACGAAUUCCGGUCAUUUCGGGCAAACGGCUGCGAAAGGCAAAUGCAUGCUGAAUUAAGAAUCAUGUAAGCAGGCAAAAGAACUAGUUUGUCAGAAAGG